GUCAGCACAGAGCUGGAUGUCAGUUAAAGUAACUGUAUCAGGAGCUGACAGCUCUUCAUCUCCUGUGUGGUUGAUGGUUGGACUGGUUUGUGGAGUCUCUCUCAUUAUUAUUCUCCUGCUCUUGUUGUAUCGCUGCAGACAGUCCAAGUGUGCAGAUAAACCCCCAGAUGUCAUUUACUCUAAUAUUGAACUGGAAAAGUUUGGAAAUAAGCGGAAGCAUCAUAAACCAGAGCAGAGUGCUGUUUACGCUAAUGUGAAGACGGGAGCUGCAGAAAAUGCUGCUCUUUAUGAAUCAGUUACACAUGUGGAAGACACUAGAAAUGGUGUCGGCGACCCCAAAGAUGUCACAUACUCUCUUACUAAGUUAAAAAACAUUGGAAAUAAGCGGAGGCUUCGUAGAGCAGAGGAGAGUGACAUUUACUCUGAUGUGAAGAUGGGAGCUGCAGAGGACAACCUGAUGUAUGCUGAGAUUAACCACCACAAAAAAGAAAAAGCCAAGAAAAACAAAGGAAAAUCAAGUCCUGAAUCAACCAAUGAAGCAGUUUACUCCGAAGUCAAAUUAGAAAGAGCUCUAGAGGACAGUCCAAUGUAUGCUCAGGUCAGCCGCCGGAAUAAAGGAAAUGCUAAGACAAACAAGGGAAAAUCAAGUCUUGUGUCAGCUGAUGAAGCAGUUUACUCUGAAGUCAAACGAGGGAGCACUCUAGGUCAGUGAGGAGAGCUGUAACAGCAACCCCAUAAUGAAGCUUUUUAUGAAGCCACUGUUGCUCCUCUGCUACCCAAGUGUCAUACACGCCCAAUAAGUAUAAGAGUUAUAGGUCAUCAUCAUUAUGAAAUACAAUAUCUGUAUUAAUAACUGUAGACUUAUUACUGUAUUUUAGCACAAAAAAGUACAAACUGGUGUGCUUCUGUUUAGUUUCAUGCUCUCUCUAUUCACUCAGUGAUAAUAACAGUUUGACACACAGUCAGCUUUUUCACUGUUACAUAUGGUUUAUUAAUGUUUGGGCAAUAAACACUGUAUAUUUUUGUAUGUAAUGAUCUUCUACAUUAUUAAAAGAAGACUGAUAUGAUA